AUGUUAUAAAAGCUCGCAAGGAUGGCUGAAGGGGUCGCACCUAGCCUGGACUUACAAGUACGUACGGGACACAAGCGUAGCCGAAGCGGUACUGAUCAUAACCACGUCUUCGUCUCGUUUAGAUCCGUCUCAACUCUAUCGUCUUUACGAUCCCGCAUCCCCGUCCGGCUCCUUAUCAAUUUCACCUUAUCGCGCACCCACCAUGCCGUCGAAAAUCUCCCGCGUCGACCCUCACUCCCUGACCGACCUCCCAUCCCGGGUCCACUACCUGAAGGAAUUCCUUCAAUUCACCGACGAGGACGGCGCCGCCAUCCAAUCCUCCGCCCCGCUUCUCAGCGCACUCCUCCCUACCAUCCUCGACACCGUAUACACUCACCUUCUCUCUUUCGACAUCACCGCCAGGGCAUUCGUACCCAAGCAGCCCGAGCAGAGCGGGGCUGGAGGGGCCGCCAGUGUGGAGGAGCUCUCGCUCGAACACCCCAAUAUCAAGCACCGCAAGGACUUCCUGGGGCAGUACUUCGUGAAGCUGGUGAGCAACAAGGAUUGGAGCGACGCGAGCCCCUUCUGGUGCUACCUCGACCUCGUCGGCGUGAUGCAUACCGGCGAGCCGGGCUUCAAGCAUCGCGCGAAGAGGCCCGAGCUGCGGGUCGAGUUCAUCCAUAUGGGUCUGCUGCUUGGGUGGGUCGAGGAUCUCGUUGCGGACGCGGUGCUCCAGGAGGCGAGCUUGGAUCUGCAGACGAAGGCGAAGGUGAUCCGGGCGUUUAACAAGCUGCUGUGGAUACAGAAUGACCUCUUCGCGAGGCAUUAUGUUGUCGACCCCGCAUCGGGGACACUCCCCAAAGGCUCCGAGGCAAAGAAGCUUUUGCUCUCUGCGUCUUCGGAUAACAAAACGCUAGCUAUCGCCGGCGGGGUCGCAGCAGCUGUCAGCGCUGCAGUUUGGCUCGUGCGCUCCUUGUGGUCGUAGGAUGAUACCUUGGAAGCUCUUGUCACUCUGUUAAUGUAUUAUAUCGACUGUGUAAUAUCCGUAUAGGUUACGAGCAGGCGCUUAUUUAUGGACGGAACUCACUACCGUUGGCUCAUCUUGCAGUCCCUGAAAUGAGUUGGCGGUUCG